AGGGCCUCAGGGUUUAGAAUCCAGUAUUCAACUCGGGCUCGGCAUCUUCUUCCUGUCGGAUUUAGCUCCAUUUAACCAGACUCGGAAAUAUGACCUCUUCGAGCCCCGACCAGCGCCUGGAGCAUCUGCUCAGCGCCGUGGAGAGCGAGUUCCAGAAGGGCAGCGAGAAGGGAGAUGUCACCGAGAGGGAUAUUAAGCUGACGCUGGAGGACGCGGAGCUUUGGAACAAGUUUAAAGAGUUAACCAACGAGAUGAUCGUCACCAAGACUGGGAGGAGGAUGUUUCCCGUCCUCCGGGUCAACGUCUCCGGCUUGGACCCGAACGCCAUGUACUCGGUGCUGUUGGACUUCGUCGCGGCGGAUAAUAACCGCUGGAAAUACGUGAACGGGGAAUGGGUCCCCGGCGGCAAGCCGGAGCCGCAGAGCCCCAGCUGCGUUUACAUCCACCCGGACUCCCCCAACUUCGGUGCGCACUGGAUGAAGGCGCCCGUGUCCUUCAGCAAAGUCAAGCUCUCCAACAAGCUGAACGGCGGAGGACAGAUCAUGCUGAACUCUCUGCACAAGUACGAGCCGAGGAUCCACAUCGUGAAGGUUGGAGGCAUCCAGAAGAUGAUCAGCAGCCAGUCCUUCCCCGAAACCCAGUUCAUCGCUGUCACCGCGUACCAAAAUGAAGAGAUCACUGCUCUGAAGAUAAAGCACAAUCCCUUUGCCAAAGCUUUUCUGGAUGCCAAGGAAAGGAGUGACCAUAAAGAGGUGUCCGAGCACAGCACAGACAGCCAACAGUCCGGCUAUUCUCAAAUUGGAGGUUGGUUCCUCCCAGGCCAGAGUCCCAUCUGCCCCAACAGCAGCCCCCCUCAGUUCAGUGGCGCGGCGAGCCACCCGUCCGGCUCCUACUGCGAGCGCUACUCCAGCCUGAGGAGCCACAGGGCGGCCCCCUACCCCAGCCACUACCCCCACCGCAGCUCCAGCACAAACAACUACAUGGACAACAACACGGGGACGCUGCCGACCCAUGACAGCUGGUCAGCCCUUCAGAUCCCCAACUCCACAGGGAUGGGCACUCUGUCUCACACCACCAACUCCACGUCUAAUUCUGGCCAGUACCCCAGCCUCUGGUCGGUAGCCGGCACCUCGCUCACCCCUUCGGGCUCCUCCUCGAGCUCCGUACCCGGAGGGUUGACCUCCCAGUUCCUGAGAGGCUCCUCCUACACGGGCCUGACCUCCUCACUACCCGUCUCCUCGCCGACCUCCAUGUAUGACCCCAGCUUGAGCGAGGUUGGAGUAGGGGAUGCUCAGUUCGAGAGCUCCAUUGCCAGGCUCACAGCGACCUGGACGCCCGUGGCUCAGAGCUACUGAGGCAGCGCUGAGGGUUGAGCUCCUCCCGUCUGGCCCCGAGGACAUGUGGCGCUGUGGUACAGACUAACAUACCGGAGUACCUUGCCAGGAUGCUCGUGAAAGAGUUUAGAUCGGUCGUUCCGGUUUCCUGAAAAAGACAAUCCUAAGCGAAACUCAGACCGACUUGUACAAAAUGUUUAAUUAGACUUAUUUGAGACUCAGUGCAAUGAGUACAAUAAUCUGCUUUCUAACAGCUAAAAAAGAUGUUGUUUAUUAAGUAUGACUUAGUAGAUGAAAUGCGAGACCUUAUAGCCCCCUUCCAGUAACGGUGUGUCUACUGUCUACUGUCUUAUAGCAGGUACAGGGUCAUUUGUGCAAUCUGCUGCCUAAGGCCGAGGGAGUCACUGCUAACUUUGGAAAGGAACAAACUGUUUUAAUUUGGCAGAUCUUUGCUCUGGGUUUGGAACGCUAACUUGUUCUCGGCAAGCUCCAAAAUGAUUUCCCACCACGUUCAUUGACAUUUUGUUUUUAUCUUUAACCCUAAAAGAGAGAGAAAAAAGUUUCCACUAACAUGAAACUGUACAUGUGUGUAUAUAAAGUAAAUUAAUGUGUGUAUUUUCCAUUCAAAUGUGCCUUUUAUGGACGUCUCCAAAGUGCCUUCUGGUUCCCGGCAGGAAAACGAGUCCCCUGCCCACGCCUGUACAUAAGCUGUCUAUUUCUACUUGAACUUGCCGCACGUUUUAUUUAUGUCAUUUAAUAAUAAAUUAAAAUUAUCUGCUUUCUCAAA